AUGGCACCCUUUGCCCAGGUCUUGGCUGAACUGGGCAGCUUUGGUCACUUCCAGGUACAGCUGCUGAUACUGCUGAGUGUGCCCAGCUUCCUGACUGCCUUCUAAAUGUUCACCCAGGUCUUCAUGGUCCUGGACAAGGCCCACUAUUGUUCAGUGACCUGGGUCAGGAAUCAGACUCUGAAUCUGAGCGCGGCUGAGCAGCUGCCCCUGAGCUUGCCCCUGGAUGCUGCAGGCAGUCCCGAGCCCUGCCUCAUGUUCCAGUUGCCCCCUGAUGGUGCCAGCCUGGAGGACAUCCUCAGCCACAGCUUCAGUGAGACACAGCUUUGCGAGGUGGGCUGGGUCUAUCCCGAAGGCAGGCCCUUGUCCGUAGAGAAUGAGUUUAACAUGGUCUGUGGUUGGAACCAUCUGAAGGAAACCUCCCAGUUGGUGUAUGUGGCUGGGCUUCUCAUUGGGGUGCCCAUCUUCGGGCCCCUCUGCAACAGGAUUGGCCACACGGCCACUCUCCUGGUGCAGCUGCUCCUCUUCGCCAUCCUCGGCGUGAGCACAGCCUUUGUGCCCAGCUUUGAGCUCUACGUGGUCCUGUGCUUUUCUGUGGCCGCAGCCGUCGCUGGAUAUACCUUCAGCAACGUCACCCUACUUACAUAGUGGGUGGGGCCCUCGUGGAGGAUCCAGGCUGUGGUCCUGGCACAGUGCGUCUUCUCCCUGGGGCAGAUGACUCUUGCAGGACUUGCCUACAGCAUCCGGAACUGAAGACUCUUCCAGAUUGCUGGUACUGCACCUGUCUUUCUGCUCUUCUACUUCUGGGCCCUGCCAGGAUCUGCACGGUGGCUCCUUACCUGGGGGAGGGGAGAGGAGGCCAAACAACUGAUCCAGAAAGUAGCCUUGGUCAACAGGCGCAAACUCUCUUCCAAGCUCCUGAGCCAGAUACUUCUGGCCCCAGAGAAGACCAGCCCCACAGGGAAUGCCCUAGAUCUGUUCCAACACCCCCAGCUCUGGAAGGAGACCCUGAUUCUCUUCUAUAUCUGGUUUGUGGACAGCCUGGUAUUCUAUGGCCUGGGCCUCAAGGUGGGGGACUUUGGCCUGAAUAUCUACCUGACACAGUUGAUCUUUGGAGCAGUCGAGGUGCCUGCCUGUUACUGCAGCAUCUUUAUAAUGGAAUGGAUGGGCCGCAGGUAGAGUCAGUCGGGGAUUCUGGUUCUGGGUGGCCUCGUGUGUAUCACCGUCAUCUUCGUCCCAGCAGAUCUGCCUGUGGUGCUCGUUGUGCUGGCUCUGGUGGGGAAGUUUGCCUUGGCGGCUGGAUUUACCAUCUUCUACGUGAACUCUGCUGAGCUCUUCCCCACUGUCAUCAGGCAGACGGGCGUGGGGCUGGUGAGCAUCUUCUCAAGGAUCAGGGGCAUCCUCAUGCCACUCAUGAUCCUGCUGGGCAAGUAUCAUGUGUCCCUGUUCGUGCUCAUCUACGGCAGCCUCCCCAUUGGGGCCAGCUUACUCUGCCCUGCUCCUUCUGCUUCCUCCAGCUCUCUGAAGGCAGUGCUCUCAGAAAAGGAUUUGGAGGCCUCGGGAAGUAUCUCCAGCCCAGGGGUAGCCUUUAGAGCAGCACUUAGCUCUGUGACUGUGUCUCCAAAGCUAGACUGGCAGCAUCAGAGAGUUGCCUAAACACUUCCCUGUAAAUGGCUGGACCUGUGAGCACCACCAGCCUUGCUAAUGGAGGCAGUCUCCCAUGAGCUGGCCCCAGAGCCAGCCACCCACUGCCUGGCCCAAUCUCAGAAGCAUCAGAGAUGGGCCUCCCUCCUUUCAAAACCAUGCUCAUCCCCAAAGCCCCACCCCCAGUACCCUGCUCUGAAUUAGAGUCUUGGGUUUGUCUUGGGUUUAACUUGUCCUCUGACACUCUUUGGGGAUAUGGCUCCUCAGAUCCCCUCCAUCUGGGAUUCCCCCUGUCCUGAAAACAUAGCCAAGCCCAGAACAGGACAGCCGAGUAGGGCCUCUCCCAGGCCUUGAAGUCAUGGACCCAUCCAGGCAGGUGGACAAAGGGAAGUUUGCAGUUCCUCCAGUGGCUGGACCAGGCCUGAAUGGAUAAGGUGGGACCCACAGGACAUUUGAUCUAGCUGAGAGGAGAAUGAUUGCGUCAGAAUCAAAGCUUCAGGGUUGCCUUCUCUUCAGAGCUUCUCCUUCACCUGCCCUUCACUCAGGACCAGUGGUGAGGAGAGGCAGGACAUGGUUCUGUCCCUCUCUAGGCCCCUCUUUCCUUUCAUUCUCUGCAGCUCUGGCUCUUGCAGAGCCCAGGCAGGUUAAGGGAAGGGGGCAGAAGUCUUCUUACUUGGUCGCCACUAGUGUUGGUUCUUUUGGGACUUGCAGUGAUUAAUCUUCAGUCAGUGGCCCUGGGAGGCUCCUAAAAUUAGGCUUUCUUCAAGAAUAUUCAGGGGUUCUCAGUGAUCACCCCAGGACCUCUGUGAUACUCCUUAGAAUGAACAGCAUGCUGGCAAAUGACUCCUUGGAACCCUACUUCAUCUCCUGCCCCCUCCCUGUGGAUCCCCACAUAGUAUCUCUUAGGCUGGCCUCCCUUACAAGACAGUCCAACUAGCACAACAUAGCAGCACAUUAGCCCAACUGUCCGCCUUCUUUCUGCUUACACCCCAAGAGCUGGUCACGGCUACAGAGCAUCAUACUUGUGACAAUCUCUUCUCUGAAUCCAGUCACCAGCACCUCCUGAGUCUUUAGCAGCACCUUGUAUUCCUACCAGCUUUUCAAGUCAGCUUGUUUUCCAGUUCUCACUGGUGGCUAUUUCUCAGGUCUACUCUGCUUGUCCCCCUUCCUCUUACCCGCUACCAGAUAGCUUCUCAACCUCCUCUCAAAGAAAGAAAAAGCCAUCCUAUGACCACUCCUCAAAUUUGCCACCAAGAAAACUAACCUACACUCCCUCCUCCCCUGGGUGGGGAUCUGGGAGCAGCUGA